AUGUAUAUUAUUCAUAACGUUAUUUUAUUUAAGGACUGCUAUGAAUAUAAAUUACCUUCUAAUUUGUAUAAACAACAAUUGCUAAAGCAUUUGUACUUAGAAUCAAUGAAAAAUGAUUUUGAAUUGCCCAAUCCUUAUGAAACUAUAUUUUUUGAACAUGUAGACAGUCUUAAAGCAAAUCUAUAUAUUAAUUAUCGUGCCAUUGUUAAUGAAUACUGCGAAAAAAAUCAAGAUUUUAAGUGUUGUAGAGAUAUUAACUAUUUCUUUAAUUUAAUAAUUGCAAUAAUAAAGACAUCUAAAUUAAACAAGAUCCAUCAGAAUGAUAUGGUAAAUGAUGUUAAUGAAUACUGGAAAAAUAAAUUCGAAAAAUAUACUGAUUUUAAAUGUAAAAGAGAAAAAGGAGUUUAUUCAAAAGAGAAAAGAUGCAUAUUAAAACAAGUUUAUGAUAUACGUGAAGAUAAAGAUAUAGGUGUUUCUGAUACCAUGAAGUCUAACAAUAACCUUAAGAAAAAAUUGGGAAAAAUCAUUAAUUACGACUGUUCUUAUUAUGAUAACUUAUCAGUUAUUAUUAACCGAUCUACUAAUAAUGUAACAGGUAAAUAUAAAAAAAAUUUAUUAAUAUUUAAUGAUAAUUAUUGUGCAGAUUACAAUAAAAUAAAUCCCUCAGCCAUGAUAUUAUAUAUAAUACCUUAA